UCGUGUCAUUUGUCCCUCUUCUCUUCCCUUACCAACUGAAUGCUAAUCACACGACCAGGCAGGGCUACUGCUGCUGCAGCUGGUGUUGUCGAGCUGUCAACCACAUAGUUGUUAUUGGAUUGAUUUUGUCCCAGGACAUUCUUUGGCGUGAUGGAGCUAUUAUGGGGUGGGUUGCACACCCCAUAACAUGUGGACCAAAGCAAAGUCCCACCUUGCACCCCUUCUCCCAAAACAUAGCCCACAGCUGUCAUGGCCUCCAGUUAUCCACCCCCCUUUGAGGGCACAGGUGAAGUGAAGGAGGGCUUUCUUUGCCCGCUGUGCCUGAAGGACCUUCAGUCCUUCUACCAACUCCAAGACCACUAUGAGGAAGAGCACUCUGGGGAUGACCGCCAUGUUCGGGGACAGCUUAAAAGUCUGGUUCAGAAGGCAAAGAAAGCAAAAGACAAGCUGUUGAAAAGGGAUGGAGAUGACAGACCGGAUACAGGCAGUUAUGAGUCCUUCUACUACGGUGGAGUGGACCCCUACAUGUGGGAGCCUCAGGAACUGGGAGCAACCAGAAGUCACCUGGACUUCUUUAAAAAACACCGGGCAGCCAGGAUAGAUCACUAUGUCAUUGAGGUCAACAAGCUCAUCAUUAGACUGGAAAAAUUGACAUCAUUUGACAGGAUCAACUCGGAUGCCGCCAAAAUCAGAGCCAUUGAGAAGUCAGUGGUGUCAUGGGUGAAUGACUCGGAUGUCCCGCUCUGUCCUGACUGUGGAAACAAGUUCAACAUCCGGAACAGGCGACACCACUGUCGUCUCUGUGGGUCCAUCAUGUGUAGGAAGUGUAUGGAGUUUAUCCCCUUACCUUUGGCUCAAAAGCUGAUUAUUGGGACACGAGAGGCCCUGUGUGUACCUGGAAGCCCCAUUCAGUCCCAGUCUCCCCCAGCAGGAGGUGGCAGCAGUGGGAUGGGCUCCAGGAGAGGCAGCAUCAGCAGCCUGAGCAGCGUUACCUCCAUACUGGAGGAAAAGGACGACGAGAAGAUCCGCUGCUGUCACCACUGUAUGGACACGCUGCUGAAGAUACAGCAGAAGUUGGAAGAGAAGGACCACAUGCCGGAUGUAGUGAAACUUUACGAGAGGCUGAGGAUGUGCAUGGAGAAGGUGGAUGAAAAGGCUCCAGAAUACAUCAGAAUGGCAGAGUCGCUCAAUGCCGGAGAAACCACAUACAAUCUUGACACUGCUGGCGGACUGAGACUGGAAGUGCAGAAAUACUACGAACUAAUUGAUGCCCUGAGUAAGAAAAUUUUAACACUAAGAGCAAAAGAUGAUCCACCACCGCAUCCAAAGGCCCUCCAGCUGCAGAGGAUGAUCCGCUAUACAGCCACACUAUUUGUCCAGGAGAAACUGUUAGGUCUCAUGUCUUUGCCCACUAAGGAUAAAUAUGAAGAGCUUAAAGAAAAGAGGAAACGGGAACAAGAGAAGAGACUGCAACAAGAGAGACUGGCAACCCAGGAGACCCUGAAGAGAAGGCAGGAGUCUGAGAAAAACCGUCAACCUCCCAGUACUAAUGGAGAGCUGCCGCAGGCCCCUAGAGCUCCACGCAUGACCAAAGCUGGCGGCUGGUUGCCCUCCGCAGACUCCGUCCAUGCAUGCAGCGAGCUGGAGGACCCCCUGCUGCAGCAGAUUGAGAACAUACAGUCAUUCCUCCGUCAGGCACGGGAGGCCCAGAGGACAGACGAGGUGGCCAUGUUGGAGGAAAACUUGCGUCAGCUGCAGGAUGAAUACGACCAGCAGCAGACCAGCCUGGCCAUCGUGCUCUCCCAGAAGCUGGCUGAGGAGGAGAGCUUGCAGCAGGGGGAGCUAGAUCGUCUGCAAGCCUGGGAAAGGGAGGAGAGGGAGCAUUGGGGCCCCACUGUGGCCUCCUCCCAGCCUCCCUUCACUUGGGAGAGGUCUCUGGAUAUCAGUCCGGCAGGGGUCUUCCAAGAAGAGGAAGACAAUGAAGCAGAGGACCUGACUCCGAAAGCUGAGAGGAGUCCGUCCUCUGUAAGAGCGUUCCCUGCUCUUACAAGCCAGGAAGAGUCACCUCCCAGGCUGAGGAGCUUAGGGGGGCAUGUAACCCCCCCUGGUGGUGAAGGACAGAACACUGCCUCCCUUAACCCUUUCGAUGAGGACUCUACUCCCAUUGAGGAGGAUCCAUCCAAUCCCUUCUUUGAGGACAUAAAGAGGGAACACAAAGAGGUAAGCAACGGGAAGAAAGAAUACAACCCAUUUGAUGAAGAGGUCCAGGCGGACAAACAGGCGGAGACCGUACCUAGCAAUCCUUUUGAGGAGGGCGACGACACCGACGCAGGUAACCCUUUCCUGGAAGCCUCCGGGAAUUCUCCAGGAGUCUCGACCAACCCCUUUGACGGGGAUGAUGAUGAAGUUUUGCCCGACGUGGAUAUGAUAGAGGAGGAACUGCUGUUGCAGCAGAUUGACAACAUUAGAGCCUACAUUUUUGAUGCCAAGCUCAGUGGCCGUCUCGACGAGGUGGAGCUCUUGUCAGAGAACCUGAGAGAGCUACAGCACACCCUACAAGAACAGAAGAAAAAGAAGCACUGAUACCUUUCCCUCAAAAUCCCCGAUUACCUGCUACUUCCCAAGUCCUGCAAGGCUAGCUCACUUUACAAUAACUAAUGAGCCCACUGGUUUUAGUUUGGGUGAGGUCUGCUGCAUCACAAAAAGAUUAGGUUAGUCCCAAAAUUAAAUAUGCACUUGAGCUAAAUAGUCUGGAGUGACUCCCUUAAUUUCCAAACAUCUUUCUUAACCACUUAUCCUGUACAGGGUCGCAGAGGGCUGGAGCCUUUCCCAGCAUGCACAGUCUGAAAGCACUGCAAGUAAACAUCCAUCUGUACAGCAUGUUGCUGUUAUUAACCCUGUUGUAUCAGGGAAAACACAAACAAUUGAGGACAGAAUAAUGCCAUUUAAACAAUGUUUUUGUUGUUGUUGUCAGAUAUUUGUUUGAUCGAGUGUGGCUGUAGUAGUCAGGAUGGGUGAUUUGGAGCUCUGGCAGAAGCUAUAAACAAAGUCAAGAUGGAAAUGUUGCCAAGGGUGAACAAAUGGAAACCAAGCAAUUGAUGCACGUUUCCAAAUGUAUCGUUUAACAAAAGUUGCCCUUUAAUUCCAUUGAGAUUAGUGCCCUCUCGUUGCACCAACGACUUUAGUUUCUGGUAAUUGAACUUCCUGCUGUUCAUUGAACCAAUACCAAAGAACCCAGCCAUGCAUUACUGUUCUACCUGGACCACAAACAUUCAGACAAAAUAAUUAUCUGAUAAUUUCAUUAGAAACAAAUUAAAUGAGACUUCUAUGACCAUAUUUGGACAGCCUAGUGUUUGAAGGAAACUGAUCAUUAUAAUAGUUGUUAUAUAUUGAAAUCUAAUCACAGGCUAACAUUUCUAAUUCAGUCCCGCUUGUCGUUGCAGAGCCUGUGAUCACUUUGUGACCUAGAUUUGUAAGAAAUUGAAACGCACAUUGCACAGAAUCAAGCCAUUGUUGUUGCCCCUGUUAAGUGUCACUCAUACGGACUAUGACGACAUUAUCACGGGGACAAGCUUUUAAUCCUUGAUCAACUAUGAACAACCACAUGUACAUCUGCAAAUACAAUGUGUAUGACAAGAGCUGAAUAAGUAUUUGUUCUAACAGCUUAAUUUCUUUUACAGUGAAAAAUGAAUGUUAACCUAUCUCUAUUAGGUGACACUUUCUGUCUGUAUGGUGUUACUCUAGCAGAUUCAGAUCAGUAAUCUUAUUUUGUGUAUCUUGUCAGUCAUGUUGGCCUUUGCAUGGAUGCGUUUUAGACCUUUUACUUUUGUCUUUUAAAAGCAUAGUCAAUGCCACGUUGAACAAAGUAUUUUCCACGUCCUACUGUGUGGCCCCUAAAAGUUGUGAUCUUAACAGUGGCACUACUGAUCCAACUGAGCACCUCGGUUGCACGAUUCAUGUGUCUGUUUCUUUAAAGUGCUGUUGGCCUUUCGAUCGAGCUAGUGGCCAAGCUUCCUGCUUACUUUUUUUUUUUAUACAUUUGGACAUACUGAUAAAAUCUCGUAACUCACCUAGCUGCUGUUCGGUGCUGUCUGCUAAGAUCUGUAUGUAAAGCAUGUUAUCUGUUCAGUAGUUUCAUCUAAGAAGUUCAUUCAAAGUUUAUCCAACCAGCACUCAUAAACAUACUAAACACUAUCUGCCCCAGCACAUCAUAGGCAACUUCAAGUCAAGUAACAAAGAAAGUUUUACUUAAACCUUGUGUGUACAGAAGUUUAUCUGUAUUUGUAAAGAUCAACUAAACUCUUGGAGGUCAAUGCAACAUUUUAGCUAGGAUUUUGUGUCAGUUAAAUUAACACUACACGAAUGCCAUCAAGUAUUAUCACUGAGUGCUGCUAAGCCUUUACAUGAUUUGUCAUAGUGCUUUCCUGUCAGUCAUAAAGUCCAUAUUUCUCUUCAUAAACAAAAAACUGUUUUGUAUUGUCUGUUGAUCUCGCACUUGAUUUUUGAUGUCCACAGAAGAUUUU